AUGCGCUUCUUUCAACUCGCCUUUGCCUCAUUGGCAUCCGUCGUAGCGGCGACUUCAUCCUUCGAUACUUGGGCUCACGGCCGAGUUGCCCUGCAAGACGUAAGCAUUCACUUUCGCUACGCCGGCUCAGGCCCUCCUCUUCUUCUCGUCCACGGAAAUCCCCAGCACAGUCUCACGUGGCAAUUCAUCGGCCCUAUCCUGGCUCAGAACUACACCGUCAUUGCGCCCGAUAAUCGAGGCGCUGGUGAUUCGAGCGUCCCUCCUGAUGGGAACUACACCGCUGCUGCAUCGGCAGAAGAUCUCAAAGGAGUGUUGGACUUCUUGAACAUCACUUCUACAUAUGUGUUUGCGCAUGAUAAAGGAGUCGGGAUGGCAACCGCACUGGCGAUCAAGUAUCCAGAUCUUGUUAAGAGGCUUGCUCUAGCUGAGUAUGUUCUGCCAGGGUUUACCUACGAGCAGUCGUCAAACCCAGCGCCGUUCUGGGAUCUGUAUCAGAACUGGCAGUUGGCAUUCUUCCAAGUCCCCGAUUUAGCAGAGUUUCUCAUGUCGGGAAAGGAGAAGCAAUUCUUGCAGUGGUAUUUCUACCAUGGAAGUUACUCUGGCGUUGAGAGCUUUAGCGAAGAAACAGUCAACAGAUACACAAGCAGUAUCUCGAAGCCAGGAUUUCUAAGAGCUAUGCUUGGGCCGUUCUCAAGUUCGACUGUUUACCAGGAUGGCAACUUCUUCAAGGCUGCCCUGAACGAAAGCCGAUUGAGUGUACCGCUGCUUGGUAUGGGCGGUGAGGCAAGCCUGGGAUUGAAAUCGAUUCUUAAGCAAACCUUCGAGCCAGUUUCAUCUGAUCUGGAAAUUGAUGUCAUCCCGAAAGCAGGGCACUGGGUUGCGGAUGAGAACCCUCAAUGGACUGCCAAGAGAGUAGCCAAGUUCUUUGGUGAAGAUGAUGAUAGCCUGCAAAAAGUUGAUUUGGGUUACUUGGAUGAUUUGGUUACACUGGACGUCGGGUUUUAUGGUACUAGGAGGAACUUUGCAUUGGGCACUCAGUAA